UAUCCUCAAACGCGACACCACAACUCCAUUUUCUCGAGGACUCCGUGUAGGCCGCUCCAUUUUAGCCCAGAACACAGCCACGGAGCGCGUCCCUGGCUUCGACUGGUCACCACAAGUUGUUAAAGUCGGUUUAGGGCUUCGUUGAGCUUUUUUAACCACCGUAUUUAUUGUUUUUGUAAUUUAUUUUAGACGUUAAUAAGUAGGAGGAGACAGUCGCACUAGCGGUUGUAGUUAGCCGUCAAGCUAACCUAGCUCACUUUUAGCAGUUUUUUUUCUUCCCUCGACUGACUCAACAUCCACAGAAUCUACAGUUGGAGAAUUUCAAAAUGAGUGCUGCCUCCUCCCAAAAAGUUGUCCUGAAAAGCACCACCAAAGUGUCUCUGAAUGAGCGCUUCACUAACAUGCUGAAGAACAAGCAGCCUGCUGUGGUAAGCAUUCGAGCCACCAUGCAACAGCAGCAUUUGGCUAGCGCCCGCAACCGUCGGCUGGCCCAGCAGAUGGAGAACCGGCCCUCGGUGCAAGCUGCACUGAACCACAAGCAGAGCCUGAAGCAGCGCCUGGGGAAGAGCAGCAUUCAGGCCAGACUGGGCCGACCCAUGGGCACCAUGAUGCGCGGAGGACCGGGAGGCAGAGGUGGGAUUCGGGGGAUGAGCAGAGGAGGCAUGAGAGGAGGAGGAGGAGGACGAGGAGGAUUGAUGGGAGGACCCCUGUUUUCCCUCAGAGGGAAGCGGGGUUCUGUAGGAGGACCCAUGCGAGGCCGUGGCUCCGUCGGCCGAUUAGCCAUGCGCAGGGGAGGCCGGCAUCGUGGAGGAGGUGCUGGAAGAGGAGUCCGAGGAGGCAUCACCAGAGGACGCGGCGGAUUGAGAGGACGGGGCGGGUUUCCAGGACGAGGUGGACGAGGCCGUGGGCGGGGCAGAGGAGUAGGCAGGCCGGUUGUCACUCGUGAACAAUUGGACAACCAGCUGGACGCCUACAUGUCAAAGACCAAAGGCCACCUGGACGCUGAGCUGGAUGCCUACAUGGCUCAGGCGGACCCCGACAGCAUGGAGUAACCGAGCCUGCACACCUGGCCGCAGCAGCUCACAUGUACUGUGUAGUGUAGACAGCAGACGGCUGCCCAUCAGUGCGGAGAACGUGGUCAGACGCAGCAGCAGCUGCCUCCUGCAGACACCACAUCUUUAAAUGAAGACAUCCAUAAUCUUGGUAGACCUCUGUGCUGUUCCUCGUGCUGUCUUUUGUUUGUUUUUUUUGUUUUGUUUUUAUACAAAGCUGCCAGCUUGUCAGCUAUCGUUCUUCUUUUACCGUCUGCAUCUUUAGUUUUUGUUCAUUUCAGUGCACAACUUCUUCCAAACAGUUAAAAGAAUACAAGUGUUGUUUUAAGCCAAAUACGUUUUUUCUUAAUUUGACUACAUGUGAGCGGAGGUCUGUGAAACAUUUGUGUUCUGGGCUAAAGUAAAAAUGUAUAUUUUAAAUCAAAUGUUCUCUGAA